UCUCUCUCUCUCUCUCCCUCCUCUCUCUUUCUCUCUCCUCCCACUCAUUUUUAAACUAUUUGUUCCGCAGACAGCUACGCUCCACCGCUUCGGCGCUCCCUCCCGCUGCCGCCCUUCGGAUCCCCAAACGCUCGCAAAUAUUUCAAAUUUGUAAACCCCACCCCGCCUUUUACUCCUUAACCCCCCCCUUUUUCCCCUCUUUCUUAACGGUCCUUUCUCUCUCCUUCUCUCUAUAUCUCUCCCUCCCUCUCUCUCUCUCUCUCUCUCUCUCUAGUGUUUCAGUACCUUCGCUUCCCUCCAUUUUCUCUCUCUCAACCAUGGCGGAUCCUCCACCCCCACCGCCAGCCCCAGCGCAAUCCUCUGCCCCGGCCCCAACAGGUCCUUCCGCCAGAAACCACGGCUACAGUAGAAAGCAGAAGUCUCUCGGCCUGUUGUGCUCCAAUUUUCUCGGCCUCUACAACCGCGACGGCGUGACUUCAAUCGGCCUCGACGACGCCGCUUCACGAUUAGGUGUAGAGAGGCGGCGGAUCUACGAUAUUGUCAACGUCUUGGAGAGCGUUGGGGUUCUUGCACGAAAGGCGAAGAACCAGUAUUCUUGGAAAGGAUUUAAGGCGAUUCCUAAUGCCCUACAAGAGCUAAGGGAAGAGGGUCUGAGAGAGAAUAUUUGUAACUUUGACGGCAACGAAGAUCCCAAGGGUUUGCAAAUUUCAGAUGAUGAGGAUGAUGUAGAAAGAUGUGGGAGUCAGCAGACUGAGAAUUCGAACCCUUAUCUCAAUAUUAAACCCAUGAACCCAAAAUCAGAUAAUAGAAGGGAAAAGUCGCUGGCGCUUCUUACCCAGAAUUUUGUGAAGCUCUUUGUGUGCUCAACUGUUGAAAUGAUCUCCCUUGACGAAGCUGCUAAAUUACUGCUUGGCGAUGCACACAAUGCAUCAGUGAUGAGAACAGCAAAAGUAAGGCGGAUUUACGAUAUUGCGAAUGUUUUGUCGUCCAUGAACCUCAUUGAGAAGACCCACACGUCAGAUACGAGGAAGCCUGCAUUUAAGUGGUUGGGAUUGAGAGGAAAAGAGGAGGUUCCUCAGGAGACUAAGAAGAGAGCUUUUGGUACUGAUAUAACGAAUGUCAGUUCUAAGAGGGGAAAGGUAGACUCUUCUAUUGGUGGGAAGUUGGACGGGCAAAAACAGAAGGGCCUUGUAGGUGAGGCCGAUAGGAGCAAUUUGGAAGACUCAAAAGAUGGUUCAAAGAGCUAUCAGUUCGGUCCUUUUGCUCCUGUCACUAUUGCCAGAGCUGGGACUGGCAGCACAAGGAAGGUUCAUGAUUGGGAGAAACUGACCUCUACGUAUCGUCCUCAAUAUCAAAACCAAGGACCAGGUGAAAAUAGUGGGAGAAAGAGAAGAGAGGUGGAUAGAGAAAGAAACAUGACAGGAGACUGACUAGGUGUGGGAAGAACAGAACAAGGGGGAGGAAGCUAGGAAAACGUCUUAUAGCAGAAAUCCAAAUAAAUUUUUUUUAAGCAGGCCUUGCGUACGGAAGCAUGGAAAUUUACUAAACCAUAUGUUUUGCUUCAUGUUGCAGCUUUGAAGGAUCUGUUUUCUCAUUAUACGGAAGCAUGGAAGACAUGGUACUCCGAAGUUGCUGGGAAGAAUCCAAUCCGAAUUUCUUGAUGCUUCUCUGUUUUGACAUGCGCCAAUUGACACAAGGAAAUCAACUUCAAUUCAACUCGUUCUUGACCCGGCAGAGAAGGGAUGGCCCCUAGUUGGAUGCAUUUCUCUCUAUGCACCGUGCUAUCCCCAGGAAUGCUACACUUAACCGUCUUAUCUUGACAUUCUCAGAAUUCUUUUACUGAUUUCCUUUUGAAUCGAUGACUAGUUAGAGACGUGCUGCGUAUGUUUGUGCACCUUCUAGCAAAAAUGGGUUGUGAAUGGUGUAAGUUCAUGUUGGGAAUUGGAAAGUUGGGCCAAUUUUACAUGACA